AUCCCAUUCUUCAUCGCGCGCACUCUCGCGAGAUGACACCACUGCUGUCAUGGCUGCUAUGCAGAAGCUUCUGAAGUGUGUUGUGUCUCCCACGGGGAAGCACUCCGCUUCGGUUAUAUUUCUGCACGGUUCAGACCAUACACGCCGAUGUACGGAGCUCUGUCCAAUGUUUGGUUUGACCGUUACAAGAUCUCAAACAACUCCCCAGAGCACCUACAAUCCAUAGAUGCCAUGUGCUGCGCCUUAGGGUCCAUCAUUCAGGACGAAGUCACCGCCGGAAUCCCCAAACAUCGUAUAAUUAUCGAAUUUGCUGGACCACCUCAAGAGUGUCACAGGUCCCCUGCUGGACCCCCUUGCAGUUUGCCUACCAAGCGAACAGGUCUGCGGAUGAUGCAGUCAACAUGGGACUGCACUUCAUCCUAGAACACCUCGACAGUGCAGGGACCUACGCGAGGGUCCUGUUCGUGGACUUCAGCUCAGCGUUCAACACCAUCAUCCCUGAACUCCUUUCAUCCAAGCUUCUCCAGCUCAGCGUCUCACCGGCCAUCUGCCAGUGGAUUUACAGCUUUCUGACCGGCAGGACACAGCAGGUGAGGCUGGGGGAGGCCACCUCAUCCACACGCAGCAUCAGCACUGGGGCGCCCCAAGGUUGUGUCCUCUCUCCGCUGCUCUUCUCUCUCUACACAAACAACUGCACCUCAGCGCACCCGACUGUCAAACUCCUGAAGUUUGCAGAUGACACCACUGUCAUCGGCCUCAUCAAGGAUGGUGACGAGUCUGCAUAUCGACAGGAAGCGGAGCGGCUGGAGCUGUGGUGCGGCCGACACAACCUGGAGCUGAACACGCUCAAGACUGUAGAGAUGAUCGUGGACUUCAGGAGGCAUCCUUCGCCACAGCUGGCCCUCACGUUUUCCAGCCGCCUUGUGUCAACCGUCGAGACCUUCAAGUUCCUGGGAAUUACAAUCUCUCAGGACCUGAAGUGGGCAACUAACAUCAACUCCGUCCUCAAAAAGGCCCAGCAGAGGAUGUACUUCCUGCGGCUUCUGAGAAAGCACGGCCUGCCACCGGAGCUGCUGAGACAGUUCUACACAGCGGUAGUCGAAUCAGUCCUGUGUUCUUCCAUCACAGUCUGGUUUGGUGCUGCUACAAAAAAGGACAAACUCCGACUGCAACGGACAAUCAAAACUGCUGAAAGGAUUGUCGGUACCCCCCUACCCACCAUUGAGGACUUGCACGCUACCAGAACUAAGACAAGGGCGUGCAAAAUCCUCUCGGACCCUCCGCACCCCGGUUACCAGCUCUUCCAGCUCCUUCCCUCAGGGGGCUUCUCCAUGGGUGGAGCUAUGGCCAUCCACUUGGUGUGUCGGUACCAUCCUGAUAUAGCUGGGGUUUUUGCACUGUCCAGUUUCCUGAAUAAAGACUCUGUUGCUUUUAAGGCAGUGGAGGAGCGGGUUAGAGCAGGACACUUCCUCCCAGAGUUGCUCCAGUGCCAUGGGACAAGUGAUGAGCUGGUGCUUCAUCAUUGGGGAGAGGACACAUCAAUGUUGCUGCAGAAGGCUGGGAUGACAACCGCUUUCCACUCCCUACCCGGUCUCUACCACCAACUCUCCCUGCCUGAGAUGGAGCUGCUGAAAGCCUGGAUUCUCCACAAACUUCCACCCAGCUCAUCUUGACCACCUUCAUCUCCCCAUUAGAAGGGAACACAGAUCACAAAGAGCGUCCCCUGCUGGACGGGCUCACUGAUUUGCCAACCACCCCCACCGGCUGGCGGGCUCACCCGUCUUCGAUAUGCCGGCUCAGAAACUCUGUACACCAGUUGACUAGCAUGCAUGUGAUAUGGUGUCAUUCACUAAUAUGUUCGAUAGAAACACUAUAGACUUUAAUUACUUCUGCUGGUAUCACUUAUUACAGGUGUGUCAAACUCAUUUUUGUCGCGGGCCACAUUGUUGUCACGGUUUCCCUCAGAGGGCCGUUGACUAUGAAACCAUAUAAAUGUUUAAUCACCUCAUUAUUACAUACAAAUUGAUGGAUACCUAGUUUUGAAAUCGGAAGUCAAGGAUAAUAGUUUGUUCAACUACUGUUCAAGUUACCAUAAACACAAAAUGCUUGCAAUGUCUCAAAGCUACUAUUUAUUAUUAUUUUAUGAGAAUUUGAGCAAUAAUCAUGGAAAGAUGAUAGAUGAUUUGCUUUCGCUGACCACAUGAAAUGACUGCGGGCCAGAUUUGGCCCCGGUGCCUUGAGUUUGACACCUGUGACUUAGGUCUGGACUGUGUUAGUAGCACUGCCUUGCUCAUUUUCCCACAUCCUGUCCUACCCUUUUCUGUCCGCUCUUAUCUGGUUCUCUUGGUUAGUUAUUGCAUAUCCUCACUGGGUGUGUCCCCUCCAACCGCCCCCCCGAACUCCCCAAUCUACAAAUAACUUGUAAUAUUACUUGUUAAAAUAUCUAGACUGUCUGACUCUUGUUCUGCUGUGGUUCUCACCCCUUGUCCACUCUGUCCCCCUGUGUGUACCCUAAAACCUUUUUCUGUCCAGCUGCUUUUUCAAUAAACAUCAGAUUAAUUAAAAAAAAUAAUAAUAAUAAAAAAUUGAGCAGAGGUAGUAUUUCAAACUCCCCUGUUCCACAGCAAAACUGUUCCACCACAAAGGCAUACAGGUGGAACUGAUCAUUUUAAAAUGUAUAUACAGUACUUGCAAGAGAUUUAUAGAAAUAGCCUUACACAAUAUUUGUUCCCUAAUUAAAUAAAUUAUUGUGAGACAACAAUAAUGUGAUCUAUCUUCACGUAGAUGAAUAUCAUUAUUAUAAAUAACAUAAUUAAAGGUAAAUGUAAGCUUUUAUUAUUUUAUUCAGAAGUGUGUAUCAAAACUCGGAGUCUUUUGCAUUAAUCAGUACCCAAGAAGUAGUUCUCAGUUUCAAAAAGGUUGGUGAGACAUGCCAAAGACCAGCGUUGUCAAACUCAUUUUAGUUCACAGGCUACAUUCACCCCAGUUUGAUCUCAAGUGGGCUGGACCAGUAUAUCCAUGGCCUAAUAAGCUAUAAGUAAUAAUACAUUUUUUCCCCCAUUUUUUGUGAAAAUAUUUACAUGUAUUGAUUAUUAUCUUGCUGCAAAUCUUGUUUCAAAUCAUCAAUCCAAAAUGUCAUAACAAAAAUAUGUGCAAGUUCAACUAUCAAUCAGUGUUUUCAUUUGCAGUUGCAAGUUACAAAUCACAGUAGAUCUAUAAACUGUAUGUACCUUUUAAAAAAUAACUUUAGAAAUCAUUUUGAAUUUACACAAAUGUCCAUAUCCAUCUGGAAAUCUCGAAAACCUCGCCUGACUCUCAUCACCAUACAAACUCGUGGGAACUUUAAAGUAUGAAAGUGCAGUUAUCCCCAUGCCUUGUAAAUGUAUACAUACAAAUACAUAUGAGUUGUGGCAAAAUAAUAAUAAUAAAAGGGUUGCACCAAUCAAACCUUUUUGAAUUUAGACUGUUGACUGAUAAUUUGCAAUAUUCAGUCUCUUGAAAUAUUUGUAUAGGUGUUUUUCAUGUGUUUUCCACAAUGCAAAGGUGGCACAGCAUAUGAUAUGAAGUAGGCUUUGCUCCAGAAGUAUGGAUUUAUUAUAUUUAUAGUUUAGCCUUUUGUGAAUAGAUGCAAGACGUCCUCAUAGUAGUUUGCAGGUUAAAUUUAGUCUUGACAUCAGGCAGAUUGGCAGAGUGAGACUUAAAAAAUUAAGACAAUAUAAAUGUUAGCUCUGUCUAAUACGGACAUACAUAUUGACAGUCAGUGCAAAAUAGAAACUUGAAUCAGCUGCUAAUAUAAUUGUCACCCAGGAGCUUGCCAUAGAAAUCUGCAAACACAAAUAUUGAGUGAAUUUAUAUGAGGUCAGCAUUAGUCUGCAGUACACAAACAUUUAGCAAGCUCUCUCCAACUAUUAGCAAGCAUCAAAUUAGCUUGUACCCAACAACAUCUAAAGAAGUGACUUUGAGCUUUUCCCUGUCAGGGGUCUCCGCUACAACAAGUGACUCGCAUGAUUUCUUUGUCUAACGUAACCCAACCAUUUUUAUCCAGGCUUUAAUAAACCCAUGUCCCAAUUAACUUCAAAAAUUCGUCUUUAAUUGCAAAUUUGCACAUGAAAUUACUUCACAACACUUGAUAUGAUUGGCAUUGCUUCUGCAGGAGUUAAGUCUCUUCAUAGUGGGACCCGAUAAUGGGGGGGUACCAGGGAGCAGCCGCGGGUUAUGAGGGGGUAGCCCCAAUGCCCGGCGGGGGGCCGGCCUCAGGAGCACCGCCACGCAACUAAGUGAGAACCCAACUCCCCCUUUGUUACUAUGACUGCCAGGUCCCCAACUGGCAGUCGUUGGCCCUACCGUGUGUAUCAGUGCUCCCCGGAGUGAUGUGGUGGAUUCAAAUCUGGAGAGGCCAGUGAGGGGGGGCUGCCAGGCACUGCUGCAAAACAGCCAAAUCCCCCACACCCACGACCCACCGCGCCCCAGAGAAGGGGAGCUGUCAAUCAUCACAGAGCAGGCUGUGUUCGAUUUUGGAGCUUCCACUGUAUCGCAUGUAGCACCAAUUCCCAACAAUACCUCUUGGCACUUACCAUAUGGAGCACACUUUAAACAAUUUGAA